AUGGUGGAGGACACUUUAAAGGUAUUUAUGGACGAUUUCUCUGUAGUAGGUGAUAUUUUCGAUGACUGUUUAUUGAAUCUUAGCAGGGUCCUACAGAGAUGCGAGGAGGCCAACCUAGUGCUGAAUUGGAAGAAGUGUCAUUUCAUGGGUGUUCGGAGCUUCUUAGGACAUGCAGGGUUCUAUAAACGUUUCAUCAAGGACUUCUCUAAGAUUGCACACCCCAUGUGCAAACUUUUGGAGAAUGAGGCUGAGCCAUUUGAGGUGAUGUGUGAUGCUAGUGGUAUUGCUCUAGGAGUUGUAUUGGGGCAGAACAAAAACAAGAUGUUCCAUCCAAUUUACUAUGCUAAUCAUGCAACUCUGAGAUACCUCAUGGCAAAGAAAGAUGCCAAGCCAAGGUUGAUCAGAUGGGUGUUGCUUCUCCAAGAGUUUGAUUUUGAGGUUAAAGAUAGAAGAGGGUGUGAAAACCAGGUAGUUGAUCACCUGUCUAAGUUAGAAGCUGAAAAGAAAGAAGUGCUAGAACUUGAAAUAGAUGAGGCAUUCCCAGAUGAGCAUGUAUUAGCUGCAACGCUUGACCUUAUUCCUUGGUUUGCUGAUUAUGCUAACUUUCUUGUUAGUGAUGUGCUGUCUGAAGGACUAACAUUUCAACAAAGGAAGAGGUUCUUGCAUGAUGUAGGUAAGUAUUUCUGGGAUGAACCUUAUUUGUACAUGAUUUGCGUUGAUAACAUCAUCAGGCGGUGCAUUCCUAAAGCUGAGAUGCUGCACAUUCUAGAGGCCUGUCACUCAUCUCCAGUAGGUGGCCAUCAUGGAGGUGCUCGGACAGCCUAUAAGAUACUUCAGUGUGGGUACUACUGGCCCAUAAUUCAUCAAGAUACAGUGGAUAUAGUAAGGAGUUGUGAUGUGUGCCAGCAACAAAGAGCCAUCUCUCGGCGCCAUGAGUUACCCAUGACACCUAUCUUAGAUGUGGAGCUGUUUGAUAAGUAUAUAUUGGUUGCGGUGGACUAUGUGUCUAAAUGGGUUGAGACCGUUGCUUUACCUGAGAAUGAUGGCAAAAAUGUAGCUGGUUUCCUGAAGAAGAAUAUCUUCUCAAGGUUUGGCACACCCAGAGCUAUUAUCAGUGAUGGUGGUUCUCACUUCUGCAACAAGGUGUUUAGUACGCUUCUGACCAAGUAUAGGGUAAAACAACGCAAAGUUGCAACGCCUGAUCACCCGCAGACCAGUGGACAAGUAGAGUUGUCCAACAGGGAAAUCAAGACAAUCUUGGCAAAAACAGUAAAUGCCAACAGGACAGAUUGGGCAUGGAAGCUAGAUGAUGUUCUAUAG